AUGGUGAUUAAGCCGACAUUAUCUGGUUACAAGAGCUAUUCGAGAGCAGCAGAGCUCGGGUCUCAUGUCAAUGCUCUGGCCUUUAAUGAAGCCGGUGCAUUUUGUUACUUGAGCGAUCCAAAUACAAAUUAUGAGGGAAUAAACUACCAUUGCGCCAUGGAAGAUGAGCAAUUAGCUGCUCCUUUCUUUCAGAUUGAUUCUGUGAACCCAGUUGAAGGGUUGGUUAGCUCGCAAGAGGUGAACAGUGAUGAAUCCACAGAAUGUAAUGUUGUUACAGAGUUGGAGUUGCAGCAGAACUGGAGAAUGAUUCAAGCAGAGGAAUGCAAGGUUGUCGUGGUUCCAGCUGAGAGACAGAACAAGAAGGCUCGGGCACAGAAAGCUUUGAAGAAUUCGAGGUCAAAGAAGAAGCAGAAGGGGAGUGGAGGUGGAAGCGAUGAGGAAGAGAGUAAUGCGGGCUUGAAUGUGCAGAGUACAAGCAGCUACAGCUCAGAUGACGAUUACAUGAACAAUUCUCAAGAGAUUACUGAAGGAGGGAGUGUAAACUCCAGCUCUAAAGGAUCUACAGCCUUGAAUCUUAAUGGGAAAACAAGAGCUGGAAGGGGAGCUGCUACAGAUCCACAAAGCCUCUAUGCAAGGAAGAGAAGAGAGAGGAUCAAUGAAAGACUCAGAAUAUUGCAGAACUUAGUGCCAAAUGGAACAAAAGUUGACAUCAGCACAAUGUUAGAAGAGGCAGUACAAUACGUGAAGUUCUUGCAGCUCCAAAUUAAGCUUCUGAGUUCUGAUGAGCUGUGGAUGUAUGCUCCGCUUGCUUAUAAUGGCAUGAACAUUGGGCUUGAUUUGAUGAUUCCUACAAACAAGUUGUAA